UACAUCCAAAUCAUGGAUCAAGCCCUCCGGAUCGGCUCAUGAUCUUAAAGGGGUUUGUGUAUGAAAAUAAUCCUUGUUCCUUACUUUCAAAACAUUCCAGGGCAUUCACACCUACCCACUAAAUAACGAGAGAUUCUUCCAUGCUAUAUUGUUUAAAUAGUUAGUAGUCACUAGACAGCAGAGUUGGUUUUAUUUUACACAGGAUCAGGUUAAUAUGCGCUCCAUUUGCUGAUUUGUUCCAUCGAAUGUGAUUUACUAUAGCAACAUGAAUGUAUCCAUUUUAUCCCAAUGUAAAUAAUGAGAGCUUCCUUUCUUGUGUCAGAUUGGUUAGAUGGUUUUUCAGACAGCCUGCAAAUUAGGUGCUAAUAUAAUUUUCUGAUAUGGUUAGAUUUAAAGUGCCGCCCUCUAUUUUAUCAUACGGUGUUGAAUAAUCUGUUAUGUUUAUUAAAAAACAAAUUAUGUUGUAUAAUGUAUAAUUUUCAAAGUGUCUGCAGGAUGAAAUUACUGAACUCUACAAUCUGUCCGUGACUGUGGAGAUACAUUGAGUCUGUAAUAUAGUGUCUUUGGUGGCUUCCUAAUCUUUCCUCUGAUCCAAUAAGGAAGCGAUAUUGUUCAUAAUUUGUGUUGCUGCUGCUUGAUUCUAGUUCGUCAAGCACCACAAAGAUCAUGUUUAAAGGAUCAACCCGACUUCAUGUAUUCUGCCACAUUAUAAUAUUCUCUGUGACUGCAUACGAGACUAAAUGAAAUGCCUUAAAAAAAGAGACACCAUCUACCACUAAGAACUACAAAUACUGCCGAUUUCAGACUGUUGUUUAUCUCUUGGUGUUCCUGUUACAUUAGUGGCCUCUGGCUGUGUUUGGGUUUUCAAACAAAAGAAAAAUGUGUUUUAAUUUGUUCUUUAAUGCCUUAGACAAAGUCUCUUUCUGUGAAAUGUUUAUACAUGCAGGUCAUUUUGUAAUGUCUGGUAGAAUUCAGUCAAAUGUCAUUUAAUUACUCAUUUUGAAUUCAUUUUCCACGGCGCUUCAUCAGACGGCUGAUGGUGGGGAAUCCCUAACAUUUCAACCUGCUCACACAGCAUAAAAUCUUGUGAGCGUUAAGGCUGUUGAAGAUCUGUGGUCUCAUUAUUCUGCUACUAAUGGCUUCUGUAUGACCCAAGUUCAUGUUCAGGUUUAAAAGUCAGCGAUUCCCCAACCUUAAACAGCUGAUGAAGUUGUGUCAGAGUGGUAUAAAGAUUUCAAAAUAAAUUACCAAGUUGCUGUUGCCUUUGACUGCCAGACAUAGAAAAGCCACUGUUGAUGUAAUAUGUAGUCUGUUGUGAUUUGUACAAAUCCGUGGUAAUUGAAAAUUGUUCGUCCUCUAGUCUUUUCAAAGAACGUGUCAACACUGUGAACCCCGCUAAAAUUGAUGAGACUGUUUUUCCUCUUACCUAUUAAUGAUAUUUUCUUUUCAAACGGAAGAUGCAUUUAUGUAAUGUGGACAAAAAUGAGAAAAGACAAUGAAGCAAAAUAAGGGAUGCAGACAAUGCCAUCGGUGUUGUGUUUCAAUAGUAGCUGCUCUGUUCAUUCCAGACGGUGAACAAUAGAUGGCAGCAGACAACAAUAAAGCCACUGCAACGUUUCUUUGUGAAACCAGUUCAAAGGCUGUCAAAUUCACUUCAUUGUGAAUAAUUGCAGAUGUCUGUGGAGUGAAUGUGAGUAGGCUACACUUUAUGAAAUCAUUCGGAUUCAGCAUAUUAGCCUAUGAUAAACUAGAAUACAAUAUUGGGCUCAAAGUGAACAUUGAUUUUAAAAUCUUUCAGCAGAUCACCAAGGCCAGCAAACAAUUUUAGUUUAAACUCUUGUUGUUUUUCAGCAGUAUAAUAACCAUCCAUUGUAAAUGAACUAAAGUUAUAUUUGUAACUUAGUAGACUAUGUAAUGUAUUGCGCGGCAUUGCGCAAUAUUUUGGGCUCAAACAGAGAUUUAGUUCAGCCGGAAAAAACUCAUCUUCAUCAUGAGACAGUUGAACAGAGAUAGCGUCGAACUCCACCCUCAGAACUAUCUUCACUGUACUGCAGAAGUGAUGGGGUUUGAUUCUUUGAUUCGAAUCUUUUGAAUAGGUUUACUGACCGAAUCAUUACGAUUCUGAUUCACUCGCUGACUCUUUUUGCUGCUAACAGAGGGAGUCAAUGAAAUCAUUCGCUCAGCCGCUUGGUUAAAUGCGCCUUUAUCUCCAUUCUCUCUUAAGGUUUUGGCAGCCGGUGUUCCAGUUCAGUUCGUUCAGACUCCUCUGUCUUUCAUUUAUUUGACCAGAGGUUCUCAUCGAGUUCUUCAGAAUUGCGAGACCGUUACAGGCAGGUGGGUCAAGCUGCACUCCAAGGCUGGUCGGAAGGAGAAGGAACGGGGGGAGCUGCAGGUCACCGUCCAGUUCACCCGCAACAACAUGACCGCUAGCAUGUACGAUCUGACCAUAAAGGACAAGCCCCGUUCUGCAUUCGGAAAGCUGAAGGACCGCGUCACGGGAAGAAAGAGAGGAGACGUGGAAUCCUCCUCCGCCAUUUUACCUGGUCGCUUCGCCGCACUAUUAGGGUCUGUAGGUCCUCCCUUUGCAGGAGAUGGUGGACCAGAUGAACCGGGCGAGGAAGAGAGGGUCGAUGUACACCAGAGUAAGGUGAAAGACUUCUUCCUUAAGGGGAAGCUGCGCAAGAAUUCAGACACUCGGUCGUGUUCGUCAUUGGCAUCAGACAGUAGCAUGGCUUCCUCCGCCGGGGAUCCAUUCAUCUCAGUAGAGCUGUCCAGAACGCCCAUCUACAGCAGCAGAGUGAUGGAGCCCUUCCGAAUGGACACUGAAGGUGGGAUGAAAGUGAUGACUCACAAGCGUGCACACAGUGAUGAAGCCAGUAAGAUCACCGGUCUUCCUCAUCCCAGCCCUGCUGUGGAAAACCUCAAAGGCCAAAGUAUGCCGCUCUCCAAAUCAACCCUCUGCAUCAACGGUAGCCACAUCUACUCAUCCGAGCCUGUCAGCCCCAAGAGUCCAAGCACCAUCCCGGCCAAGCGCUCCCUGCUGGAGAAAUGUGCGCCCCUUUCUCGCUCUCUCCAGAAUCUGACCCGACGUGGUGAAGACUCGCAGAAGAGCGAUGGGAGACGUUGGUCUAUUGAAAAGAGCAAGAAGGAGGACGGUGAGGCAGAUGAAGCUCAGAGUCCCGCCACCACGGUGGAAGUGGUGGAUAAAGGAAAAAAGCUGAGGAAAACUCUGUUUUCAAGCGGGCGGAGUGACUCUCUCCCAGCCAAGCCGGAGCAGAGCCAGGUUUCUGCUCCUCUUGAAGGCAGACGCAGAGGAUGGUUUGGCUCGGGUGACUCCCAGAACAAGCCAAGGCUGGGAGUCUCUCCUAAGGUAGAGAGCAGCUCAGACACCCCCUGUCAGAUCCCUUGCUCCCCCAGUCAGCCCCCAUGCUCUCUUCCCCUCGGUUGCACUACUGGCUCGGUGUCUCCCCCUAGUGGCAAUCCCACCAGCCCAUUCACUCACUCUUCCCCAACACCCACUUCGAUCUCUCCCUCCAACCCUUUCCUCACACGACUACAGCAAAACCCCUUUUUUGAGGAUCUUAUAGCCGAGGAAGCACUGAAGUCUCCGACUGCUGGCUACUGUUCUCUUAAUUCCAGUCUUUAUCAUUAUCCAGUCGGAUGCAGUCCCCUCCAUAAUGGAGCACAGAACAAAAUGUAUGCAAUAAAACGGGAAAGACCCAGAAGUAUGUCCAGACAGAGAUCUCUUCCGGCUAUUAUGCCUGAGACACCAGAUCGAAACUCGAACACUAAUCCGAACUACUCUCAAUCUGAGAGGGCUGGGGAAUGGGAUGAUUUUGAAGUAUUUGCCACCAGCCGGAUUAAAUCACCAAAUGGGACUCCAGCCAGACCUCCAUCUGCACCGUUUCUCUCACAGGCACCAAAUACAAACCAGUGUGUAACCAACAAAGCGAACGCUGGUUUAAGGGUCGAUGAAGUUGACCUGGGUUUUUCAAGGCCAUGGGAUCUUCCUCCUCUACCACCACGUAGACCCAUGAGGACACAAGGGAUCACGAUGGACAGCUGGUUGGAUAGAGCCCAGGAGCUUGCUGUGCAGAAAGAGGCCUGCUUCCUUUCCCAGACUGACUUCGCCUCCCUUCAGCAUGCGAAAGAUGGACACUUGAAGAGAAACUCUGAGAUUUUAUGUUCAGAUGCAGAGUUGCACCAUAUUUCUCCAGUAGGGUGUAACAAAAUAGAUGCAGAGUUGCACAGUGGUAUCAGACUGAAUGAAGUAAUGGUUGGGGAAGCAAGGGGUCAAACUUUUGCCACUAGCAAUGAUGGUAAUGCCUCACCGAAUGGUCCUGAAUGUGAGUACACGGUUCCUGAAACUCUGUGUUUCCCAUCUGACUGGGAAACCACAGUGACUGAAUCACUUUGCAGUUCACCUCAGACCCAACCAAAACACGAUUCAGAAUCGUCCUGUGAAAUAAAGAUCUCCAGUGAACAACAAUGCAGGACUAAAACCGAUGGAGUGGCUUUGUUGACCCUCUCAACUAGAGAUUCUAACAACAAUACAGAAAGUACCUCAGAGUUUGCUUUUAUUGAUUCUGGAAGUUCACCGUCUGAGGUGCAACCACCUUUUGAAAUGAAUAAAGAUGGUGUUAAAUCAUCCAAAGAUUGUUCAAAUUUGCACUUGAAUGGUUCCUCGCUUCCCAGAUGCUCCCCAGGAUUACCAGAGGAUAUAUUGUCUAAAAUGGCAUCAGAGUUGGAGAUGUUUUCACCAAACAACACCUGUAGUAAUAUCACAUCUGACUCACAAAACCAUAAUCAUGGCUCGUCACCGUUUGAGGGAUCUAGUGAAGAACUGAGAAGACAUAAAGUCGACACUUGUGAACACCAAAACACUGCCUCAAAGCUUAACUGUGAGUCUUAUGACGUGGCUGAAGCUCUCCUCAACAAAGACCUCACUGUGAUCACUCAAACAUGCUCGAGCAAAGACAACACUGUGGCAUUGCAAAUCAAGCAAGAGGUAGCAAAAGACAAUGACUUGCUCACUGCACAUGAUGAUAAGAAGCAUAAUCAUUUAACAGAAGGUAACCUAAACUCUGAAGUCUUCUUCUUAAAGAACAAGGUUGAGGAAUCUUGUUCGAUGCUGGAGGAACAAAUAAGCUUUGAGGACUUGCAUGCAAGAGUAGCUCCAAGAAACUCCAGAAGCCCUUAUAAAACAGAAGUCAGAUCAGCCCGCCUCAGACCGCGCUCAACCACAGGCUCACCCAAAACCAUCUGGGGUGCCGAUUCGCUCCCAGGCCCUCCUCAUCCUACAUCAGAUCUCAUUUUGCAUGAUCCUUCCCCUUCACACACCCCAUUAGCAGGUACUAAUUCCUGUCUCCACCCUGACCCUUCCCUUCCUGCGAACCCCCCAAUCGAGUUGCCCAGCAUGGGUUCCACAUGCUCCUCCACCACCCAGCCCCAAGUUGACGCACCGCUCUCCCUCUCACCUGAGGAGACACAGCCAGCCCAUGAGGAGAGCAGCCCUCACCCAGUGAAGCCCUUGACCAACAUGGCUCUACAGGGAGAGAAGAAACCUGAAAGCCGCUCAGUGCUGGAGAAACUCAAGUCCACCAUCAACCCAGCGCGAUCUGCACCAGCAUCCACUGCUGAGGAGGAGAAAACCCAGCUGGCUCUGAUGGAGGCUCGGGCUGAGUACCAGAACAUGACGAACAUGGAGCUGAUAGCUCUGCUGCUUCAGCAGGAAAUAGACGUCAAGAAGCAGCGGGCUGAAACUGAGGUGCAGGUGGCGUUAUUGGAGAAACGUGAGGCCGAACUGAAGAAGAUGAAGGUUCAGGUCAGAGACCUGGAGGACUACAUUGACAAGCUGCUGGUGCGCAUCAUGGAGCAGACGCCGACCUUGCUGCAGGUACGCGCCAGACCAAAAUGACUACAGUGACCUGCUCCGUCCCGAGAACACCUCAUAUUGAUCUAAAGCCAUUUGUGAUGCUCUGUUCGAUUUCAGAUAACUGCCAGAUACACGUAGACACGAUAAAGCUUUGCAUGCUUCUAACUAGAUUCCCAAAUCCACAAUCUUUGAGGUUUAGCAUACUCCUAGUUAUGCUGAGAGCACAAGGCAGUGGUUAAAAUUUAAAAAAAAAAAAAAAAAAGACGGUAUAAUUAGAUUUUGUCGUUCACAUGUAGAUGUAAAUAUUCAUAGAAUCUACACAAAUAUGUGUUCUUCAUAAAUGUGCUGAUUUCCAUAAUAGAAAAUAAGUUCUGGGAUCUUUAUGCAUUCAAAAUGUCUCUAAAUGUAUCCAAAUCCAUAAAUGCAAGUAUAAAACCACUGCCUUUAUUAAUUGACUUCUUUAAACAUUAACACUCAUCUUUCCUCAUAAUUGGACAUAUUUGGAACAAAAUUAUAAAAAAAAAAAAAAAAAAGAAAACUCCUAAUUCUCAACUAAUGUCAA